GGGGGCGAGCGAGGGCGGUGAGAGUGGGCGGUUUGAAGUGCGAUUGGCCCACGCGGUUUUACGGCACGUUGUGAGGCGAAUGUCGGCUCAAGUCGACUGCCUCCGGUUCCUCGGGACACUCGCUCCGGCCCUCGGCCUCUCCGUUUGAAGAUGGCGCCGGCGUCCUGGAUGCUCGCCUCGCUCCUGGUCGGCCUGGUCCGGGUGCGCGCUUCUCUGGGUUUCUCGCAGUCCAUGGACAGUGACUUCACUUUCUCGCUGGCGGCGGCUCAGAAGGAAUGUUUCUACCAAACUAUGAGGGAAGGGGCCACCUUGGAAAUAGAGUAUCAGGUGAUUGCUGGUGCAGGAUUAGAUGUGGAUUUCUAUCUGGAAGCACCAAAUGGAAACAUCCUGCAGUUUGAGCAGAGGAAAGCUAAUGGCGUACACAGCGUCGAAACUGAGAAUGGAGACUAUAUGUUCUGCUUUGAUAACACAUUCAGUUCUCUCUCUGAGAAGAUCAUCUUCUUUGAAAUUAUCCUGGAUAACAUGGAAAAUGAGAAUGAAUCAUCAAGAAGCUGGGAAGAAGUUGUAUGGGGAGGGGAACUGCAUGAUAUGAAACUACGGGAUAUUCUACAAUCUGUGUACAACGUGAAAGCCAGGCUGAGUAGGAGCAGCCAGAUUCAGGGAAUGCUACGAGCCUUUGAAGCACGGGAUCGGAACUUGCAAGAAGGCAACUACGAUUGUGUAAAUCUAUGGUCUGCAGUGAAUCUGACUGUGAUGCUCAUAGUGUCGGGACUCCAGGUGUACAUGCUGAGAAGCCUAUUUCGUGGUGACAGCAGAAGCAGGACGUAACACGGACGAAGUGACUAUUAUCGUAACACAAGAUGGCUUACACCCUGCAGCAUUCUCUUUCUUUUGGUGUGGACAGAGAUUUUCUCAAGACCAUUUUCCUUUUUUUAAAAAAAAGCUCUGUUGACUAGAAGUCCACCUGUACUGAGUGUAUCAUUUUGGGAGAAAAAAUGAAUGAUAUUUAGUGCCUUUGAGAAAGUCAUAACAAAAGCAAUUUUCAGACUAAAAUUGUCAAAAUAAGACUGUUACACACUGCAAAGGAAGAAAUACUGUGUUCUCAACACUGGUUAAGUACUAUAUUCUGUGAGCCUCUAUACACAGAUAGUUUACAUAACUAGUUUUGCAGCUUUUGUCAUUUUGUGGAAUGGCUAUUUACAAGUCUGACAUACAUUUAAUCUAAUCGCUUGGACUUUUUUUUAAAAUCCAAUGAAACGAGUUUUAAUGUGAAGACUACUCUCCUGUUAUGAAUAACAUCAAUUGUACUUCCAACAUUUAUGACUUCAGUGCAACGUAAGUCCCCUGUUCCCAUAUACUCAGUGGGACCAAAGCACAUAUUAACUUUCUGAAUACCGGAUCUGCCUGAAUCUAACAUACUUGUUUGUAAUAUAAGCAUGAAGUUUAACAGACAGCAGAAGUUACAUAUUAUACCAAAUCUUUACACGCAGAAAUGGAACAGCAUGUUCUUAGCAGCUCCAAUUUCUAAUCUAGCCCUGUCAUUUACAUCAUCCUCUGGUACAUUUUGGGUCAAAAAUUCUGGAACUUUCCAGUAUAAGAAAACAAAAUCAUGAUCCUUGAUGUCUCCAAAUAUUUAAUCAGAGCAAGCAAGGCAGUGGUCCAGGUUACUUCACUGAGGGUUGAAUUACCCAGCCCCACUUACCUUCCCCCAACAUUAUUUUCCUUGGUUUUAUUCAUCAAUCAUGAAGUAUUGUAUUAACAAUAAAUUAUUCUCUUUCUGUCUUUUUAUGGGGAGGGAGGAAAGUGAAGCAGAAACACACCAAUCCAACUGUGGUUGCGACCACACCAAUAAUCAUUGUGUUAAUAUUGCUCUAUGAAUAAUUUUCAUGAUUUUCAGUAAAUUACUUGACUUCAGUAUUCAGUAUUUUUAAUUUUAAUAAAGUGAAGAUAUUUAUACAUAGUAUUUGUACUUCAGAAUGGAAGCCGUUUUUUUUGUAAAAUUCCAUCAAUCCCACUGUAUUAUAGAAAUCCUAUUACCUGGAGAACCAUUUGCUAAGGUUCUAUUUUCUAAAGUGUUGUGAAUGUUAGAGGAUAUUAAUUUUGCAAUAAUGUCAUUGAUUCAACUGUUCUGAAGCAUUAAAGUUUCUCUGUACUUAAUGAACCUUCUCUCUCACACUGAAACUCCCUAUUCUGCAUCAGAAAAUACAGUCAAUUCACUUUACAGUAUAUUCUGUGAAGCGCCUUGAGAUGCCUCGAAGAUGUGAUAAAGCGCUAUAUCAAAUGCAAGGAUUAUUAUUAUUAGCACCAGAGCUACUGCUAUAUGGUCAGGAUUGCAUUUUAGAAGCAAAAACCAGAUUGUCAUCCAGAGAUCUGCACAAUACAUAUUACUGAAUGCAAGGAGAAAAAUGUCUUGGGUGUUAGUGGCAAAUUUGUGGAACUUGUUUUUUAAAAAAAUUAAUAAAUGUAACUAAGCAUAC